UAAUUUUAAGAAAUUAUAUAUAUAUAAAAAAAAAUAUUUGUGGGAACAUUAAUCCAUUUUAGAAAGCUCUUUCACCUCAGGGGGAUCUCGUCGUUGUACCGACACAGUCAAACCUGCGUCAGUGAUGGAAGCCCCGCUGGAAGACGAGACUUUUCACGAAGCCCCACCAGAGACGCAAAAACCUGACUGUGAGCUGAAAGCUGCUGACGAAGCAAUCGCCUUCUUGGCCAUCAUUGAGCCUACAGAGCUGAUGAAGUGCCUGUUUCCAGACUCCCUGGUGACUGUUUCACAAGGCGGUAGAGACCUGGGUACCUUCAAUGUGACGGUAGAGUUUGCAUCUAGACUCCAGCAGCCCUGCAUGCUGCUACAUGCUCACAGUCAAGGAGCUAUUGAUGACUUUCCCUGUGGUACCACCGUGACAGCCUAUUUGUCCACGGAGCUUGAGGUUCUGGAGGAAGACUAUUGUGAAUAUGUCAAGCUGGAGGGCCACAGUGUGGAGAAGAGGUGUUCUAUGGUGCAGCGUGACGGGCGGAUGGUGAUAGAAAAAGUUACCACUGUGGGAGAGGAGGUGAGGAAGGAGAGUGUUUCCUAUCCCACACCUGUCCUGCGAGGUUUGGUAACAGAAGGUUCUAAUUUCCUUCUGAUGCGUCUGAUCGCUUUGAGGAAGCAGGUGCCUGAAAAUAUGACGUUCAUCUCCUUUGAUCAGAAUUUACGCCUCACCCACAGUACCUAUAGUGAGUUGUGUCUCAAGCAGCUGCAGGUUGGGGGUGAGAUGAUGGAGGUGUUUGGGCUGGAGAGGGUGGUUCAGUCUGUGGAGGGCAGCGCUACGACCUGGCAAUACUACUUCCUUCCUGACGGGCACUUGGUCAGUAGGGUGCAGGUGGGGUCACCAGUCACCAUGAGACUUUUGCAUCUGCCAUCACAGCUGGAGAAAGAUAUUGAGCAGACCCCCCUGGUGUGGGAAGAAGACAUGCAGAUGCAGUCUCGGUUCCUAGAUAGAAAGGAGGAGCUGAAGGCCGACCAUGCCUCGUACCUGAGACAGCAUCCAGAGAUACGUGCACUCAUAUCCGACUUCCUGCAGUUCUUGCUGUUGAAGAAACCAUAUGAUGUGUUCCAGUGUGCCAGAGAGUACUUCCUCCCGUUUGCCUCUCACCAUCCUUCAGAACCAAGCCUCAGUGAAUCCUCUUUCUGAAGCGCACUCACCUGCUCAGAAAAUCCUUUUGAAUACAAUAUCUUUAUUCAUGAAUUAAACACAAG